AUGCGAAAGCUUACUCCUCGGUUUAUAGGACCUUACCAGAUUCUUAAACGUGUUGGUAACGUGGCAUAUCAGAUCGCGUUACCUCCUUCUCUUUCUAAUCUUCAUAGCGUUUUUCACGUGUCUCAACUUCGCAAGUACAUUUUUGAUCCCUCACACGUGAUUGAGUCAGACAAGGUCCAAAUAAAAGAGAAUCUAACUUUUGAGACCUUACCACUACGGAUUGAGGACCAAAAGACCAAAGAAUUGAGGGGUAACACGAUUUCUUUGGUUAAGGUUGUAUGGGGAGGUGCUACUGGUGAAAGUGCUACGUGGGAGGUCGAAAGCCAGAUGCGCGAUUCUUAUCCAGAAUUAUUUCCGUCAGCUGCUAUGGUUGGUAAUGUACAAGGUCUCCCAUCUUGUUGCCCAGCAGAUAAAUCAUUAGAAUGUCAACCAAUUCACUGUCCUAAGCUCCCAUGCUGCAUCCCUCCAACCAGUGACGUGAAUCAGUAA